AUGGAUAUUAAAAAUUCAACUAAGAAAAAUCAACCAAACGAUAGACUAUGUCAAAUGUCUAAGUCCACAAAAAGAUUAACUCAUUUAAAAUCUGAUGAAUAUUACAGACAAAUAAUAUGUGAAAGAAGCUUGUAUCAAUUAAAACCACUGCCUGGAAAGGAAUUUAAUUAUAAACUGGCGAAAAUAAUCAUUGAACAGGUACUGCAUCAAUUAUUAUUAAACUACAAUGAUGAUACGAAAUCUAAACAGAUGAACAGUAAACAACCAUUACACAUCAAUGCAUUUUUAUGUAAUCUAACCAAUCAAUUACAUCGAACACUUAUACACCAAUUAAAAGCAUUUGAUACAAAAAAUGGCGGCCGAUAUAAAUUGAUUGUUUAUACAAUACAAACAAAUAGUCCAAAAGAAGAAGAAGAAUAUCAAUCAUCAUCAUCAUCAACUACUAGUAUAAUGGUAGCCAGUUGUGGAUUAUAUAAUCGAGAAACAGAUUAUUAUUUAUCUGAAACGAAAAGAACUAGUUUUGGUCAAUUGAUUGUCAUUGUUUACGCUUGUUAUCAUGAAUAAUUAUAAAUGUAUUGGUUUUGU